GACGCUUUCAUAGCCAUGGGCAAAGAACCGUUGACGCUGAAGAACAUUCAGGUAGCUAUAGAAGAACUGUACCCCAGCAAAGCCCGGGCCCUGACACUGACCCAGCACAGCCGAGCCCCUUCUCCCAGGCUGAGAAGCAGGCUUCAUAGCAGGGCCCUGAGAGGGGGACACCACUGUGGGGAGACCGAGGCUGCCAAAAGCUGCGGUGAGGCUUCCCGGUCCAAGGCGGCCAUCAGUCAUCAGGGAAAGGCCCCCGUGGAGCCAGAGCUGGGGGACAGGGCCAGGCCCCAGAAGAAGUGGGUCGGGGGGAAGUGGGAGCCUGAGCCGGGCAGCAGGCCGCCCAGGGAAGCCACUCUGGAGAGACCUGAGAGCGGAGAGAAGCACCUGGGCGUGGAGAUCGAAAGGACCUCGGGUGAGCUCAUCCGAUGUGAGAAGUGCAAGAGAGAGAGGGAGCUCCAGCAGGGCCUGCAGAGGGAGCGGCUGUCCCUGGGGACCAGUGAGCUGGACUUGGGCAAGUGCCACAGGUAUGACGCAGCGGAGAAGCUGGUGAGGACCAGGAGCUGCAGGCGGUCCCCCGAGGCCCACCGUGCAGGCGGGGAGGAAGCGUGGAAGGGCGAGAGCCACAGGAGCAGCCCCAGGAACCCCACUCAGGAGCUGAGGAGGCCCGGGAAAAACCCGGACAAGAAGGAGGACAGAGACCCCGAAGGUCAGGAAGGUCAAGCUCAGGCAGCCGCCAAGGCCAAGAGGCAGCUCGGCGAAGCCCAGCCCGUCAGAGAGGAGGGGCUGCGGGACGUGAGGAGGGAGGCCAGGAGCGCCUGCAGGAACAGGCCAGGCGGCCGGCAGCCCAGGGAGCAGCAGGCGGAGCCCGAGGCACUCCCGGGGCCGCGCGGGGGCGAGCAGGACGCGGACCGGGAGAAGCAGCCCUGUACGCCGGCGUUAGGGGCCAGAAAACCGGCUCCUCGCGGGGAGAGGGAGCCCAGGGGCGGUCGGAAGCGGCGGCCCGCGGGCCUCCUGGCGACCGACGUGCACAAGCACUACGUGGCGGGCCGCGUGCUCGGGGACGGCAACUUCGCGGUGGUCAAGGAGUGCCGGCACCGCGAGACCCGGCAGGCCUACGCCAUGAAGAUCAUCGACAAGUCCAAGCUCAAGGGCAAGGAGGACAUGGUGGACAGCGAGAUCCUGAUCAUCCAGAGCCUCUCCCACCCCAACAUCGUGAAGCUGCACGAGGUGUAUGAGACGGAGGCGGAAAUCUACCUGAUCAUGGAGUACGUGCAGGGUGGGGACCUCUUCGACGCCAUCAUGGAGAGCGUGAAGUUCGCGGAGCGCGACGCCGCGCUCAUGCUCAUGGACUUGUGCAGGGCGCUGGUGCACCUGCACGACAAGAGCAUCGUCCACCGGGACCUCAAGCCGGAAAACCUGCUGGUUCAGCGAAAUGAGGACAAAUCUACCACCUUGAAAUUGGCUGAUUUUGGCCUUGCAAAGCAUGUGGUGAGACCUAUAUUUACUGUGUGUGGGACUCCGACUUAUGUAGCUCCUGAAAUUCUUUCUGAGAAAGGUUACGGGCUGGAAGUGGAUAUGUGGGCCGCAGGCGUGAUCCUGUAUAUCCUCCUGUGUGGCUUCCCCCCUUUCCGCAGCCCGGAGAGGGACCAGGACGAGCUCUUUAACAUCAUCCAGCUGGGCCACUUCGAGUUCCUGGCCCCUUACUGGGACAAUAUUUCUGACGCUGCCAAAGAUCUGGUGAGUCGGUUGCUGGUGGUAGACCCCAAAAAGCGCUACACCGCCCACCAGGUCCUUCAGCACCCCUGGAUUGAAACCGCGGGAAAGACUAGCACAGCGAACCACCAGAAGGAGGUGCCCCCUGGCAGUGAGGGCCACAUCCGGAGGCAGCACAAGCGGUCUGCUGAGCAAGCCUCCUAG